AAAGCUGAGGCAACUCCAGGAUGGACUUUCAGGUAAAAGUAUUUUGUUCAAAAAUUAGUUUUAAUUUAAAAUUUAAAUUCAACUAAUUAUUAUUUUUUUUAUUUUAACUUACAAAUAUUAAAAUUUUUACCGAGCAACGUUAAUCAUUUUUAAACUUAUAACAUAAAUAAAAAUAAAUUAAUAAGAUUGGGCCGACCAUGAAUGAAAACUGAAACACAUAUACGAAGAACGAUGACAGAAAAAAGGUGUAGCAGAAAGCGGACAACCACUGGGAGAAGUGGAGCAUUUUAACCGUUCAGGACGUGUAAGUAAGUAAAGGAGGGGGUGUUUUGAAACAGAUAUCAUGGCCAGGAAUAUAGAAGUCUUGUUUUCUUUUUAUCAUUUAAAAAAAAGUUCUGCUGAAUGUAUUUCAAUCUUUAACAAAUCCCCCCCUUCCACACACACACUUUUUUUUUUUUUACGUUAGUCUGCCAUGAACUGAUUCGAACAGCCAAUUGGACUCACGUGGCCAUCAUUGACGCUGAGAGGUGGAACAUGGCCGCCUAUGAAAGUGGCGACGCCCCAUCCCCAGCAGAUGCCGAUGGAUCCCGUGGGGUCCCAGCCCCGGUGAAUGCUGACGUCACCAACGAGGUCCGCACCGCUGACGGGAACGGUGAAGAAGACGGUGACGUCACCAUCAGACUGAAUGUGGAAGUCGGACCCGGGGCAGCAAGAAAUCAGUCGGAAGAAACAGUGUGUGCUGCAAAUGGGGAGACGCAAUUUUAAGGCACGCUUUUACCUUGUUAUAAAAUAACAUAUAUAUUUUAAAAGAAAAGAAAAAAUUUAUUUAAACAAAAAAAUAUAUAUAUUGAUCCUUAAUGUAGAGAGUGAAGCUGCCGAAUAGAGGUAUAUAAAUAACAUAUUCUCUGUCAAGGAAGAUUCCCAAGCCAGGAAUCGCAACUUUCAAACAAGGGCAUUAAUUCAAAUUAAGAAUAUACUUUUCACUUAAAGUCAUUAGCUAACAUUAUAAUUUUGCACAUAAAAAGUCGAAGAGCGAGGUUGUAGUGUUUGUGAUUUUAGGAGGAGGAAGGGGUCGUAGUGUUGGGGGUGUCGUGUUUUAGGAGGAGGAGGGAGGUAGUAGAGUUGGGGUGUAGUAUUUGUGUUUUCAGGAAGAGUAGGGAGGUAGUAGAGUUGGAGUGUUGUGUUUUUAUGUUUUCAGGAAGAGUAGGGAGGUAGUAGAGUUGGAGUGUUGUGUUUUUUUUGUUUUCAGGAAGAGUAUGGAGGUAGUAGAGUUGGAGUGUUGUGUUUUUUUGUUUUCAGGAAGAGUAUGGAGGUAGUAGAGUUGGAAUGUUGUGUUUGUGUUUUUAGGACGAGGUGGAAUCGAUUAACUAUUUCUAUAUCAAACAAAACCUUCCGACAUUCAACUAUGUAGAGUGAAGCCCGUCUCGAUUAGCUAGAACGGCUAUACAGAUAUAUUUUUAACGUAGUCUUUAUGUAUAAAUGCAACGUUUCGAGUAGUGAAAAAAAUUCAGCUCUAAGAUUUUAAUGGAGGAACGUAUCUUCAUUUCUAGUCUAUUAAGCACGGAAUUUGAAAUUUAAAAAAAAAAACAACAAAAGAAAAAACUAAUAACAGCAAAGAAAAGAAAAGAAAGUACACGCACAAUAAAACAUGUUUCACUCAACGAAAUUAAGUUCAUGCAUUUUAACAGAUAUGUUCAAUAUCUAUCUGGACAUAUAGAGUAAUAUAGAGGUUGAAUUUAUUGAUGAUUAUUUAAUAUCAUAGCAACAAUUUUGUGCACACAGUUAUACAUGUAUAUCGUUGUUACCUUCCAUUUCACAGAGCGGUGCAAGUUGUCUCAGCGGCACGUUUCCAGUAAAGUGCGUCCAGAUAGAUUCUGUGUUGGGAAAGUUAACGGUUGGGGAGCCGACGACGUCUGUACAAAAGAUCCCCUGCCAAUCGCUCAUAGUUCAAGUGCAAAGUGCUGACCUCAUAGACCAACCAAAUAAUAAUUUAUCUAUUUUUAAAUUUAAAAUUAACGUUCCUUUGAAAUUAACCUUUCUUCAUCAAAUUUAAACGUUAUUAGAAUUUUGUAUAAAAAGUUCUUUUUUUUUUUUUAAUUUAGCAAAAUUUGAAAAUUAGACCAUAUUAGUAACGAAAACACGUUUUCAGUAAACAAUAUUAUUUUUUUUUAAAUGUGCCACACAGCUAAUAAAUGUGUGUAUACAAUACAGACUUAAGUUCGAUCAAUGAUUGUCUCAUUCUCGGUGUGUUUGUGUUGAUUUCUCUCAUCUACUUUAAAUUGUUUCUACAAAGUGUUGUUAUAGUGCGUAUGUUAAUGAUUUUCUUUUUAAAUAUUAAGUUUCAAACUUAUUUAAAUUAAAACAAAAUAUGUUUAUUGAGACUGUUUCUAGUAACAGCUUUCAAAUGUUGCUCUCAAAGAGACGAAUACCUUUCGUAACUCACAUAAAUUGAAUAUUAAUUAUCAUUCUUUAUUUUUUAAAAAAAAUAUGAUUAAACAAACUACCAGUUUACUGAGACUGUUUCCAAUUAGGAUUCAAAAAUGUUUUGAGAUAAGAUGAAGUAAAAUAAAAUUCUUUACUAGCGCCC